CACGGUGUCUGUAAAAUAAGUCAGUGUAGUGGCAUCACCCCGCUCACCGGCAGCACGCACCUCUUUUCCUGCUCCUGGCGCGCUAAAAUAGAAGUGUCCGCACGAUCUACUAUGUCCUAAACUGCGGUGCGCAAUUGUCACGAAGGUUGCACUUCACAUUUGUUUGUGUUUUCGACAUGUCAAGUGAGAAAGAGUAAAAGGGAAAAGAAAGAAAGGCAAAUACAUUUGAGACAUCUCAAGAUACCUUUGUCACUUGGUAAGGUCGAUUUGGAGCGGGACCUAAACUUCAAUACAUUACCGACGGAGACGGACGGGUGGUAAAUAGCCAAGUCUCCCAAGUCCGGUCGUGUGUGCCUGUUCAGAGAGACGACCAAGUGAGCGAGAAGGCAUAAAAACCCGGUGCGAGGAUGAUGUCCUACAUUAAGCAACCCCAUUACGCCAUGAACAUGUCUGGGAUGGACCUGCUACACACCACCGCUGGAUACCCAUUCUCUGUGUCUCUGGAUUUCUCAGCCACCCCGCGGAAGCAGCGUCGUGAGCGCACCACUUUCACACGCAACCAGCUGGAUAUCCUGGAGGCCAUGUUCUCCAAGACCCGCUACCCCGACAUCUUCAUGAGGGAGGAGGUGGCCCUCAAGAUCAACCUCCCCGAGUCGCGUGUACAGGUGUGGUUCAAAAACCGCCGUGCCAAGUGCCGCCAGCAGCAGCAGCAGAGCAGCGGCCAGUCCAAGCCACGCCCGCCCAAGAAGAAGGCGUCACCCGCCCAGGACCAGCCCAGCAACGGCCCCGACCCCUCAGCCAACAACCCCUCUGGCUCCUACAGCCCCUCCCCCGACCCAUCAGGCCCCUCCCUGCCCCCUAGCGGCAACAACCCUGGCAAUGCACCCAUCUCCAUCUGGAGCCCGGCCAUCUCGCCACUCCCUGACCCUCUGGCCUCCUCAGCGCCCUGCAUGCAGCGGCCCUCUGCCUACCCCAUGAGCUACGGCCAGCCUCAGGCCUACGCCCAGGGCUACGCCGGCACCUCCUCCUAUUUCACAGGCUUGGACUGUGGCGCCUACCUUUCGCCCAUGCACUCACAGCUGUCGGCAAACGGCGCCCUCAGCCCCAUCACCGUGCCCUCCAUGGGGGGCUCAUUGAGCCAGUCACCCGCCUCGCUCUCCUCCCAGGGCUACGGCACGGCUGCUUCACUGGGCUUCACCUCCGUCGACUGCCUGGACUACAAAGACCAGCAGGCGUGGAAGCUGGGCUUCAGCACCAUGGACUGCCUGGACCACAAAGACCAGAAUUCGUGGAAGUUCCAGGUGCUGUAGAGAGAAGAACAAGAACAAGAGUGGGAGGAGCUGUGAUUGAAUGAGGCCCUCGCCAGAUAUACGAUCAAAUACGAUCAAAUUAUUCUGACAGAUGACUUUGUUUUGGUUAUUUCUUGCUUGUAAGUUUUGUUUCUCAUUUGUAAUCUUGGUUUUUACAACCCCUGUAGAAUGUGUUUUCCAUUCAGGUGAGAGAGGAGAAGAGAGACGCAGGGAUAUAAUUGAUACCUCCUCCUGACUGUGAAUGCAGGAUAUCAGGUCCAUUUACUUUCUCAUACAGUAGAAGGGAAGGAUGCCCCUGAGGAUCAUACUAUAUGGGAAAGACACUCAACUAGAAACUGAUUUAAACACACAGGCCAUGGUUCAAAUGCAUUGAUUGGUCUGUCAUGGAAAGACAUCCUCAAGAGAAUUCUGUUGAUACAACCACGCAAUACUCAAUCGUUCCUCUGUUCUUUUUUCUGCUGUUUUCAAGAAACAUAUCAAUAGAUCAUAUUCACAGAGCUUUAAUACUCUCUUAGUCUCUCUCUUUUUUGUUCUGAAAAACCAUCAGUGUUAAUUUGAGUUUAGUCGUUGUUAUAUAUGCUACAAUUUAAAUCUUAAUUUGGUUACUUUUAGGCUUUUGGAGCUAACAUGUUACUAUGGUGUUAGGCUAGCAUCAUUGCUAUUACAUUUUGAUGGGAGAAAAAAAAUGACUUCUAUGUUUUUUUGUGUGAAAUAUUAAAGCUAACUUUGAAUCUA